UCUCAGUGUGAUGACGUCGACUUCCCUUUCCGCCGCCACCGGCCGCUUAAACACGAGUUUUCGCUGUGCUUUCUGAAUGUGCGUCCUUUUAAGUUAAUUCACACGUCGAGUCUGAAUUGCUGACAAAAUGAAACCCAUUCUUCUACAGGGCCAUGAGAGAUCCAUUACACAGAUAAAAUACAACAGAGAGGGGGACCUGAUCUUCUCUGUUGCUAAAGAUACUGUGGCAAAUGCUUGGUAUUCAGUGAAUGGAGAAAGGCUGGGCACCUACAAUGGACACACAGGAGCUGUGUGGUGUAUUGACUGUGAUUGGGACACCAAGAACGUUUUGACAGGGUCGGCAGAUAACAGCUGUCGGUUGUGGGACUGUGAGACUGGCAAGCAGCUCGCCCUGCUGGAAACAAACUCUGCCGUCAGAACGUGUGGCUUCGACUUCAGUGGCAACAUCAUCAUGUUCUCCACAGACAAACAGAUGGGCUACCAGUGUUACCUGAAUUUCUUCGACCUCCGGGAUCCACAGCAAAUUGAGGACAACCAGCCCUACCUGUCAGUGCCCUGCAAUGACUACAAGAUCACCAGCGCAGUCUGGGGGCCACUUGGGGAGUUUGUCAUCGCUGGACAUGAAAACGGCGAGGUCAACCAGUUCAGUGCUAAGACUGGAGAGGUCCUGGAGAAGGCCAAGGAGCAUACCAAGCAGAUCAAUGACAUCCAGACGUCAGUUGACCUCACCAUGGUCAUCACCGCUUCCAAGGACAACACUGCCAAGCUGUUUGACUCCACCACUCUGGAGCACAUCAAGACCUUCAGGACAGAGAGACCCGUCAACUCGGCUGCCAUCUCCCCCAUCAUGGACCACGUGGUGAUGGGUGGAGGACAGGAGGCCAUGGAGGUCACCACCACCUCCACCAGGAUUGGCAAGUUUGAGGCCAGGUUCUUCCAUGCUGCCUAUGAAGAAGAAUUUGGCCGGGUUAAGGGUCAUUUUGGCCCUAUCAACUGUGUGGCGUUUCAUCCCGAUGGCAAAAGCUACAGCAGUGGAGGAGAAGACGGCUACGUGAGGAUUCAUCACUUUGACCCUCAGUACUUUGACUUUGAACUGGAAGCCUGAGUGUCAUUCGAGUGACAAGACCGCCUCUCCAUCCACACUCACCUUUUAUUCAAGACAUUUAACUCCAGCUGCACCUGCUUUCAAAAGUGGAGCAUCUGUGGCUGGCAGGAUUUCCUGAUAGAUUUUUAUCUAACAAGAUCCCCUUGGUUGUCAUCCAUGAUAUUCAACACAUUAACUGUAUUGCUGUUGUUCAACCAUUCCACCACUAUCACCAUAAAGAAAUUUGAAAGUCCA